AUGAUAGCAGUGAGCGAGGGAUAUUUGGAUAACCCCAGACGCUCUCCCACAAUAGAGGAGCGACAGCUCGACUCCGUGGACCCCGUCGAGGUGUCAGUGCCGGCCCCAUCGCCGGCCCGUGUCGAUCCACCCCCAGAACCUCGUGAAUCCCUAUUGUUUUCAGGGGACCCUCACAAUCACACCACCACCCAAACAUCUAUCCCCCGUCACCCAAGUGACUCCAACGACUCCCAGCAGGAUUGGGUGUCCAUGGAUGUCGACAAAUUCGGCAAGUCGUUCUACACUUCCGAAACCGGGCCCUUGAACGACCAGAUCAAACUGCUUAAAACCAGAACCCUUUACGAGUAUCUCAACAGCUGCAAACACAACGAAAUCAUCGAGUAUCUGCGGUCCACCGAUGGCCUUGUCAACAACGACAUCCGCCGUGGCGCUUGGCCGGUGUUGCUUGGCCUCGUAGACUGGAACGAGCCUGGGGACACUGAUGCCCGUCUUGUGAGCCUGGUGGACGCUUCCAUGUUUCUUGAGGACCUUAGUAUCAAUGAUGUUCCGCUCCACAAAGACGAGGAGCAGGUCAAGUUGGACAUCAAGCGGUCGUUCACGAUCUUGAACCACAUCAAGUGCUCUUUUGCGUCGCUUCCCCAGACCGACUCCUACUCCGAUGAGCAGAUCAGCUAUCUCAAGAAGACCCUCCUCAACCUCGUGGUCAAGUUGUUGAGAAAGUACCCGCUGUUGCACUAUUACCAAGGGUUCCACGACAUCGCCAGUAUCAUCUUGGUGGUGUGCUACGACCCGACUCGAAACAAGGUCGAUGAGACCCGCAGUUUCAAGCUCUUGGAGGCUUUGACCUUAAACCAUUUGAGAGACUUCAUGAUCUCCGACAUCAACUUGUCGCUUGUGCACUUGAAGUUGAUUCCCACGGUGUUGGAAAUCGUGGAUCACCGGUUCUUCAAGUUGGUGAAACAAUUGAGUAAUAGCUAUGUAGCUUCAGAUGGAGCUUACUACGACUAUAGUCUCUACCAGGGCUUGUCAUGUAUCUUGACGUUGUUCAGCCAUGAUAUCAACGACUUGGGCCAGCUCUUGAUGCUUUGGGACUUUUCCUUGAGUUACCACUCGGUGCUCAUCAACAUCUACAUUUACGUUGCAGCUUUGAUGUUCAAGCGAGACGAAAUCUUCAAGGCUCUUCACAUCAAGGACUCCGACAACAACUUUGCCAACGUUGACAAGGAUUUGCUCCAUAAUCUUUUGUCUUCCAACAGUUUGUUCCGAGACCUUACAGACUCUGAUAUGGUGAAAAUUUUGAACAAAGCCAAACACUACUACGAGACUUACCCAAUUAUGAACCUCAGCAAUAGCACCUUCACGUAUGAGUUGUGGUUCAAACAGUAUAAUAAGAGCUCGGUUUUGCUAACGACUUCAGUUCCUUAUCGGUCCAGUCCUGACGGCUCUUUGGCCAAUGACCCCAAAGUUGUUCAACAGUACGUUGAGACCCAGGACAGAGAGAUGGCGAGACUUAUGGUGUAUAACUUGGAAACCGAGAGCAAGGUGUUUGAAGACCACCAAUUAGAGGAGCUGACGGACUUUGACACUUCGCUCAAUAAUUCGUUAUCAUCUUCAAUGUCAUCACUUCACUCAUCCACCGCCUCUUUGAACACCAAGAUCCUCAAGACUUCGUCGAUGUACUUCAAGAAGCUUUUAUUUUCAGACUCCAAUGAUGAUAGUGAAGGGCCUCCUAUCAAGAGAAACAAUGUCUUCAAGUUGACGACCCUUUAUAAGAUUAGUUUGACGGUGGGGUUCUUGGGGUUCUUGCUUCAUUUUCUUGUCACCCGACAGAGCCAUAACGUGAUCCUCAAAUACUUUGAUAUGAACUUGAACUCGUUCAAGCUUUCGAGUGUGGGCGGCUGGCUUAACCGGGUGGGACUAGGAAAUGUCCGAAACUCUCUUUAUGGGUACCUGGGGUGA